AUGGUGGACUUGGACGACGAACAGUAUGAGUCCAUCCAUUUACUCGAAGCAGGGUUUUCGCACGUCGAGUGGGACACUGCGUCAGACCCGGAGACAAAUCGACCCGCGUGGAGCGCGACGCACGCCGUUUUUGAGAUCGCAGAGGAGUGGUAUGACGCAUUCAGGCACGUAGGCGGUGCGGAAGCGCAUGAUGGCGAUACCAUUCUCGACGUGGACUCAGACUGGUAUAGUGUCUUGGACCGACUGCAGUUGCGCCGCAGGGAAGAAUAUUUCGGGACGUUGCGCUGGUGCAUCCGGCUCGACCACGCGGUCCUAGAUUUGGAUCUCCCGUGCGAAUGGCGGCGCAUGCACUUCGACGUCGAUGUCACACUGCAAACGGGAUUGGUACGGGUUGCGUGGAAAGACAUGCUCGUCCGCUUCCUCAAGACGGAGCGACAAUACCGGUUACUACUCGAACAAAAAACCGACUCACCCUACACCUUCUCCCACCACGAAGACUGUCUCCGCUCCGUCCGCCGCACCCACCUCAUGCGCUCCCUCACAGACAGCAAAGACGACCUCCGUAUCCUCUGGCACAUGCGGCUCCUUCCACCCCUCUGGGCCAGCGCCCCAUCCCCCAAACGCACACCCCUAAGCCUCACGCCCACCGAAAACGACGCCAUAACCACACUGCUCCUCCUGCGCCGCGCCGCCUCCCUCACCUCCUCCCAACUCACCUACCUCUACACCUUGCACUCCUCCUACCAAACCAUGGAGUCCGCCCUCCGCGACCUAGACGAAACAUACUCUGAAUUCAAAUCCUACAUGAACAUGCCUGGCUUCCAGACGAAUAUCUUGCUCCCGGCUGUGAUUCGCAAUGCGAAGAAUAUACCGAGGAAUCCUGUGGCGUGGAGUGAUGAGCUGAGGAGUAAGAUUGAGGGCAUGGUGGAAAAGUGGCGGGGGCAGAGGGAGGUGGUGGAGAAGGUGAGGGGACUGUUGGAGAGUAGUAAUGUGGCCAUGGCUGUGCCGGAUGAUAGCUUUGAUGAGCUGGGCAGUGAUUUUUGA